AUGGAACAUGUUCUUUGCUCUCAAUUCUCUCACCAUCUACAAUCCUCAGGAUUCUGGUAUCUCAUUCUCGUGCUAAUUUGCUUUACCUUUACGUUCUUCCUCAAAGUUAAGCAUCGCUACUCUCAUGAAUCCAAUAGAAAGAAAUUGAUCCCUCCUGGUCCCACACCUUGGCCUAUAGUUGGUAAUCUUCCUGAAAUGCUCACAAACCAACCAACACUCAGAUGGAUACAAAAGAUCAUGAAUGAUCUAAACACUGAAAUUGCAUGCAUCCGUCUAGGUAACAUACAUGUCAUCACAGUGACUAGCCCUGAAAUUGCGCGGGAAUUUUUGAUAAAAAAUGAUGCUGCUUUUGCAUCAAGACCCUCUAACUGGUCAAGUGAACACGUGUCAGGUGGAUAUUUAACUGCUGCUCUUGUGCCCUAUGGAGAUCAGUGGAAGAAAAUGAAGAGAGUCAUAAAAAACGAGUUGUUUUCACCUUUUAGGUUCAAUUGGCUUCAUGACAAAAGGGUGGAAGAAGCUGAUAAUCUUGUGCGUUUUGUGUACAACCAAUGCAAAAGUGGUGGUGCCCUUGUGAAUGUGAAGGUUGCUGCCCAGAAUUAUGCAGGGAAUGUAAUUAGGAGGGUGAUUUUCAAUAGAAGGUACUUUGGAGAGGGUAGGGAAGAUGGAGGACCAGGGUUUGAGGAAGUGGAACAUGUAAAAGCACUUUUAACCGUGUUGAAGUAUCUAUUUGCAUUUUGUAUUUCUGAUUACAUGCCAUGCUUGAGGGGACUUGACUUGGAUGGUCAUGAGAAAAUCAUGAAGGAUGCUACUAAGGUUGUAAGGAAAUAUCAUGAUCCCAUCAUUGAGGACAGGAUUCAGCAAUGGAAAAAUGGGGAAAGGACGCUUCAAGAAGACUUGCUUGAUGUUCUCAUCUGCCUCAAAGAUGGUCAUAACAAGCCACUGUUGAGUGUAGACGAAAUCAAAUCUCAAAUUAUUGAAAUGUCGAUUGCAUCGGUGGAUAAUCCAUCGAACGCACUCGAAUGGGGACUUUCAGAAAUGAUAAAUCAGCCAGAGUUACUUCAAAAGGCAACUGAAGAAUUAGACCAAGUGGUUGGGAACAAAAGGCAAGUGCAAGAGUCAGAUUUUCCGAAACUCAACUACAUCAAGGCAUGUGCAACUGAAGCAUUUCGUCUUCACCCCGUAGAUGAUUUUAACGUUCCACAUGUCGCAAUGGCUGACACAUUCAUUUCCAAUUACUUAAUCCCAAAGGGUAGCCAUGUGCUAUUAAGGAGACAAGGACUUGGCCAAAACCCAAGAAUUUGGAAAGAACCACUCAAGUUUAAACCUGAACGUCACCUAAAGAGUGAUGGGUCUAAUUUGGUUUUUACAGAACCAAGGUUGGAUUUGAUAAUAUUUAGCACCGGAAGACGUAGUUGUCCAGGCCUUGCGCUUGGAACUUCAGUGACUCUUACGCUAUUUGCUAGGUUGUUGCAUGGCUUUUCUUGGACUUUACCACCCAAUCAAUCUUCCAUUGACCUCUCUGAGUGUGAAGUUGAUACCGGCAAAGCUAAGCCACUUGUGGCAUUUGCUAAACCAAGGUUGGCACCAGAGGCUUAUGGUGUUUAUUAA